AUGGUCUAUUAUAUUCGUUUCUUGAAACCUCCGAAAUUUGAAAGGAAAAAAGUCAUUACAAAAUCAUCCAGAUCUCAAAAGACCAUCUUCAUCAAUGCUCUCAUCUCCAUCACUACGGAUCUCGGUGAUGACUUUCUCGCUCAAAAUGUGGACUUAGUUGCCACAUGGGUUCAUGGUGUGUCUCAUGGUGCUGUAGAUCAAGUGUCUUUACAAUGGCAGGCAGGGUCUCGUCAACUCCAGGUCUCCUUGGGACCCUUUGCAGAAGAAAAGAUGUCUAGGCAUCCAGCGAUCGUAGAGAUUCGACCGCAGGACACCAAAGAAGAUCUUCUGGGAACGAAAUCCACGCCAUUGGUGAUAUCUGCAUGCAGUGCACCAUUUAAGUGGCAAUCAGAUCCAGCAGAGAAAUUGAUACUGCGGAAUCUCAGAAUUCAAGACACGGGAUCAAAGCUCAAGAUCUGGGAAGAAACCGGCAACAGCAUUGCUCGGCAUAUCUGGGAUGCGGCGCUAGCAUCAAUUAUCUUCCUCAAUGAAAUCAUCGCAGGGAAAGAUACUAGUAUGCCUGCUCUCAGCCACCUGCUGAGGACACCGCGAGAAAAGCUACUGCAGGCCGUGGAAUUAGGAGCGGGAUGUGGUAUUGUCGGUAUAGCACUGGCAACUAUGCUCGAUAGCUGUCAAGUAAUUCUCACAGACCUGCCCGAGGUAGAGGAGAUUGUUUCACGCAACAUAUCUCACGCCCAUUUGAUGCCCUCCUCAUCCAUCACAUAUAAGAACCUCGACUGGGAAGAUCCGCCCCCAAAUCUCUGUAGCCAGCCUAUAGAUUUGAUUCUGGUGUCGGAUUGUACCUACAAUGCAGACAGUUUGCCAACGUUAGUCUCUGCGCUCGACCGAUUGGUCCGGGAUUCUCCGGAGGCCUUAGUUCUAGUAGCUCUGAAGCGACGACAUGAAAGUGAAGCCAUUUUCUUUGAUCUGAUGCGUUCUGCGUCAUUUUUCUCCGUCCAGACCAAGGUUCAGCUACCUACGCAACAUGAGGAGUUUGACCAAAUUGAGUUGCACUGUUACAGCCACAAGCUAGCUGUGUGA